CCCACCUCCCCCCCCAAACACCCCCCCGGCGAGCACCAUGGGAUGUAACAUGUGCGUGGUCCAGAAACCGGAGGAGCAAUAUAAAGUGAUGCUGCAGGUAAACGGGAAGGAACUCUCCAAACUGUCUCAGGAGCAAACUCUGGAGGCACUGCGCUCCUCCAAGGAGCCCCUGGUGAUCCAGGUUCUGAGACGCAGCCCCCGCCUCCGGGGGGAAAACUCCUGCCACGACCUGCAACUGGUGGAUAGUGGCACUCAGACCGACAUCUCCUUCGAGCAUAUUAUGGCACUGGGCAAGCUGCGUCCACCCACACCGCCCAUGGUCAUCCUGGAGCCGUACGUCCUUUCUGAGCUCCCCCCCAUCGGCCAUGAGUAUUAUGACCCAGCGGAGUUCAUGGAGGGCAGCCAACAGGAGGCAGACCGUGUGGAUGAGCUGGAGUAUGAGGAGGUGGAACUGUAUAAAGCCAGCCACCGGGACAAGUUGGGCCUGAUGGUCUGUUACCGCACAGAUGAUGAAGAGGACCUGGGGAUCUACGUCGGAGAGGUAAAUCCCAACAGCAUCGCAGCCAAGGAUGGCCGGAUCCGUGAAGGGGAUCGCAUCAUCCAGAUCAAUGGAAUGGACGUCCAGAACCGGGAAGAGGCAGUGGCAAUCCUGACCCAGGAGGAGAGCACUAAUGUCUCACUGCUAGUGGCCCGCCCCGAGACAGAGCUGACCAAGCGAUGGAAGGACAGUGACCGAGAUGACUUCUUGGAUGACUUUGGCUCCGAGAACGAGGGAGACCCGCGGACUCGGAAGCCGAAAUCUCCCUCUUCCCAACAGCCCGAAAAGGUCGUCGAGAAGGGCACCCCGGAGGCAGGCCCCGGUCUGAGCAACAGCCAAGAACUCGACAGUGGGGUAGGCCGGACGGACGAGAGCACUCGCAACGAGGAGAGCUCGGAACAUGAUCUACUGGGGGACGAAGCCCCCAGCGCCACCAACACCCCGGGCAGCUUACGCAAGUUCGGCCUCAAGAGCGAGGCCCUGCAGAGCCGCGACUUCCACUUCAGCAUGGACUCCCUCCUGGCCGAGGGAGCCGGGCUGGGGAGCGGGGACGUGCCGGGGCUGACCGACGAGGAGUACGAGCGGUACCGGGAGCUGCUGGAAAUCAAGUGCCACCUGGAGAACGGCAACGAGCUGGGCCUGUUCUUCCCCCGCGCCGGGGCCGGCAACAACGCCCUCGACGUCAACCGCAACGAGAGCAUGGGCCACGAGGUGGCCAUGUUGGAGGAGGAGCUGCGGCACCUGGAGUUCAAGUGUCGCAACAUCCUGCGGGCCCAGAAGAUGCAGCAGCUGCGGGAACGCUGCAUGAAGGCUUGGCUGCUGGAGGAGGAGAGUCUCUACGACUUUGGAGCCGGUGAGCCCAAGAAGCACGAGCUCUCGGACAUCACGGAGCUCCCGGAGAAGUCCGACAAAGACAGCACCAGCGCCUAUAACACGGGCGAGAGCUGCCGGAGCACCCCGCUGCUCCUGGAGCCCCUGCUCGACAGCCCCCUGAAGCGUGGGGCCGACCCCAUCUUCAAGGCCGCCGGGCCCGCGGGGGAGAAGGCCCCCCCGGCCGCCUCCGCCAACUCCAACCUCAAUAGGACCCCGCCCGCCCCGGCCCCCGCCGCCCCCCACAAGCCCGGCCCUCUGGAAGCCAGCCCGGCCCAGUUCCGUUCCCUCUCGCGGGAUGUGGAAGGGAGCCGGAGGCAGCACUCGGAGGAGCGGCUCCGUCGCGGCCCCAAGGCCACGGGGACGCUGGAGCGGGCCGGAGCGGAGGGCAGCCCUUACCUCUCCCGGCGCCACCGGGGGCAGGGGCAGGCGAGUGAGCGCUACCACAGCUGCGUGCAGCUGGCCCCGACCCGCGGCCUGGAGGAGCUGGGCCAGAGCCCCCUGAGCCUGGCCAGCAUGUGCAAGGAUUCCCUGGGAAGCCCGAAGGUGGGAGGGGCUGGGGCGGCCGCCGCCGCCGAACCCCCCCGCAUGGAGUGGAAGGUGAAGGUGCGCAGCGACGGCACGCGGUACGUGGCCAAGCGCCCGGUCCGGGACCGCCUCCUCAAGGCCCGGGCCCUCAAGAUCCGUGAGGAGCGGAGCGGCAUGACCACGGACGACGACGCGGUGAGCGAGAUGAAGAUGGGGCGCUACUGGAGCAAGGAGGAGCGCAAGCAACACCUGAUCCGGGCGCGGGAGCAGCGGAAACGGAGGGAGUUCAUGAUGCAGAGCCGGCUGGAGUGCCUGAGGGAACAGCAGAAUGGCGAGAGCAAGCACGAGCUCAACAUCAUCGCCUUGAGCCACCGCAAGACCAUGAAGAAGAGGAACAAGAAGAUCCUGGACAACUGGAUCACCAUCCAGGAGAUGCUGGCCCACGGCACCCGCUCGGCCGACGGCAAGAGGGUGUACAAUCCCUUGCUGUCCGUCACCACCGUUUGACCGCCCCAGGCGGGCUCCAGCUCCGGGCCUGGAGGUCACCACCACGUGGACGUCCCAGGAGUGCCCGAAGCUGGGCCCCGGGGAGUGGCCGCAGGUGUGGACCGCGGGCCGCCCCGCCCCCGGGAACCAGGGCGUGGGGGUGUAGGUGUGUGGUGAACGAGGUUAAGGCCGGGGAUGGGGGCGGGGGGAGGGGGACCGAGGACAGGGCUUGCUUCUGGGGAGACCUGCCUCCGUGCCGGGGUGGAGUCUUCCUUCCCCCGAGUGCAGGUCGACCGGAAGGGCAGCCGGGCCCAGCCAACGGAGGGGAGAGGGAGGGAGGGAACACGCCAACUAUCUUUGGGGUAAGUAUGAGACAUCUAUAUCUCUGAGGGGCUGGGAAAGGUGGGAAACGGGGGAGGGGGACUGGAGCAGACUUUGCUGGGCACAGAAGAAAAUUUCCUCGGCUCGACCGGCCAGCACAGACUUAUUGCCGUCGCCCACGGCCUUGAGCACAGGAGGCUGGGCUUGGGGGUGGGCAAUAACCUCUGCCCUCCAGCCCACCCCACCCCCCUGUUUACCGACAGACAAGAGGAACCCUGGUUUUGUGGUCUUUCUCCUCCUUUUUGUGCUUGCCAAUGUUUGUUUUUCUGUUUUGUCUACCUGACCAUGUUCGGGAUGGGGGGAGGGGAGGGUUCCUCGGGGCAGAAGCCAAGUUGCCCCGAGGGACUUCUGGGAAGCAGGUCGGGUGGGGGCUGAGGGGUGGGAGGGCUGGGAGGGCAGGGUUGGGGAAGGAGGGAAUCGCAAAAGGCAGCUCAACUUGGCUCUGUUCUUGAGUUGCGGGGGGUGGUGGUAGGGAAUCACCCAUGGCCUGGGGAGCAUCAGGGAAUGGGUCUCACCUACUUGUGACGUUCCUUUCCCUUUGGCUGAGUGGAAGCCAGGAGAGAUAAACCAGUCCCAGGGGCAGGCCAUCUGAUGCCACCUGCAGCUGAAGAAUAAAGCGAACUCCGUUUUUACUCUGUUGCUCUUAA